AUGCAAUCUGAAUUAGAUUUACUUAGACAAGAAAAUGCUAAACUUAUAAGUGAGAAUGCUUUGCUCCUAGCUAAGAAAGCAGAGCUUAUAGCCAAAAUUAUGGAGUUGGAACAAUCCACAAAAGAAAAUGUUGAGCAUAAGGCUA